AAGUUGACUGACCCAAAAGGGCACUUGCAUGCUAAAUUUCUACUCAAUUUAGUCCAUUUGAACUUCUAAAUCAAACAUUAUAGUAACACUUUCAAGUUAAGAAAACACCUUUUACAUUUAAAGAAAAAAAAUAAAGAAGGUAUUUCUAAGAAUGUCUCGUACUUUAAUGACCCUCGAUAAUUGAACCGGUUGGUUAGCAACAAAACAAUACAGAAAAAAGGAAGGGUGGCGCGUGUCAGAAGACAAAGGAGACGUAGAAACUCUAAGAGUGUAAUUUUAGCCUAGUGGACUCCAAACGCAAGAUUUCAUCAAUAAACAUGAAACUGACAGUAACCUAUAACUCCUUUCGGUUCCGUCCAUAAAUGGUGUAUAUUGUACGUGCGACCCCCUGUCCCCUUUGCUUUUCCUUUCUCUCUCUCUCUCUCUCUCUCAAACACACACAGAGAGUUACAGUCUCUACAUUCUCACUACAACAAUUGACUGAUGAAUCAGAAUUCAGCAUUUCGAAGUGGUCUUGCUUCUCUAGGGGUCUGGUUUGAUGAACCAGCCGGAGUUAUGUCUAUUUUGACGGUUACUUAGAUUGACCAACAUGAAACCCGUGACGAUCAUGCUUCUAUCUCUGGUGCCUUGUGUUUUGAUGAGAAGAGGGUAUUAAGGGGCAUGGAAAGGAAAGGUGCUUUGUACAAUAUAGGUUCCAGUAUUGCACCUAAAAGGGAAAAUGAUAUUAACCACGAAGUGCUUGAUCUUAAGCAAAGUCAAUUUGAAGCUGGAAAAGUUCAAGCACAAAAUGAUCUUUCCACUCCAUGUGAAGAUUAUCUUUUAGAUAUUGAAUUUGCUGAAAGCAUCACAAAUCUGGAUUAUGGUUCAAGUAGAGGAUUGCUGGACCCUAUUUUAGAAAGUCAGAUUCCAUUACCUAGUUGUGAUGGAACCGACUCAUGUGGAAUGCCAUACUCUUCAGGAUUAGUUGCGCAAGAAGCUCAAAGUCAGAAUGCUAUGUUUGGCCUUACCAAUUCAGAGUUGCAUGACCUUUCUCACCACAAGUGUGAAAGUCGGAUACUAGUUGAGUACAAUGCUGUGAAAUUCCCAACUGCGUUCAAUCCAGGAGAUAUCAGCAAUGUGGAUGAUGUGGCAGACUUCUUUGCUGAAGCUGUGUCUUCUGAGAAGAUGAAUGACAGCAUGAUUGACCAUUCUGCACUAACAUCUAACGGAAUUUCUUUGAUGUCUAAUCCUACGCAAAAUGAGGGGCAAGAUGUAAACUGUGAAAGCUUUGAUGUGCAUGAAUCCGCAGUUAUAGGCCCUCCAGUCACUUCUCAAGUGAUAAACGUUGACACUCCUGUCACUCAAAAGCGUCUACGCAAGCCUACACGAAGGUAUAUUGAUGAAUCCUCAGAUCUGAAUGCUAGACGUUCUAGGAAAAAGACUGAGGUUUCUACUAGUGCACCAGAAUCAAAGAAUAAGUUUCUCAAAGUCAGAUGUCAAAAGAAAUCUCGUGCAGAGUCUAUGGAAAUGGAAUUGUUUUCCGAGGAGUCUUCUUAUAAAGCUAUUCAAGUGCCUUUUGCUUCUCUUGUGAACGAAGAAUGUGAUGAGAGGCCUGCAUCCAAUGCAAUACAGGUUUUUAAACCUCACAAGGAGGAACUUCAUAAGGAGCCUAUGGUUGUGAAUCCUAAAGACGAUGCCGUUGCGCCAAAGAAGUUGGAUCAAGAUGGUGCCCGGAGGAAAAAUCACCGGCUCUGGACUGUUUCAGAAGUCAGAAAGUUGAUUGAUGGAGUUGCCCAAUAUGGAGUUGGAAGAUGGAGUCAUAUAAAGAAGCUUUAUUUCUCAUCAUCUAGUCAUAGAACACCUGUGGAUCUCAAGGAUAAAUGGAGAAAUCUUCUUAAAGCAUGCUAUCUCCAGAAACAAAGCAAAAUAACGGAAAAGGGUAAACAUAAUCUGUCUUGGCGACCUUUGCCCAAGUCUGUCCUUCAUCGAGUCAGUGAACUGGCCAACAUGCAUCCGUAUCCAAGAAACCGGAGAUGCGAGAGUUCCCGUUCUCCAUGUGCCUCACCUUCUCCCGAGCAUUUUAACAAUACUAACAUCCAGUGACAGACCCCAGCUGUCCUUCCGGAGAUUCCUUCAGCUUUCUUUUACUCUCCUAUGCAUAGUUACAGGAGUAACAUCAUCUGGUGACAACCCGAUUUUACGUGCAAAUAUUGGUUGAGCUCUCUUAUAUACCAACUCGCAGCAUAGUUUGUGUAUAGAGCAAGCUUCAUUUCAAGUUAAAAAAGGUUUCCUGUAUAAUCCUCAUUGCCUCUAGAAGUGCAUUGGUCACAUAUGUAAACCUUUUUCGAAUUUCUAAUUGAUACAAGGUACUUCAUGUUUCA